AUGAAGUCGAUUUGCUUGUCGCUGUUGCUUGCCGCAGCCGUCAGCUCAAUUGAAAUCCCCAUCCAAAGGAGGGUCGUGGCCAGCACUCUCAGUUCGGGAAUUCCAAUUGAUGUUGAUACGGCCUCCAAGGCAUACGUUGGAGUUAUUUCGUUGGGAAGUCCGGGUCAAGAUUUCAAUGUGGCCUUUGAUCUGAAUACGCCGGCUUUGUGGGUGCCCGACUCGGCGUGCUCUUGCGGCGACCCAUGCAAAAAUGGUAAGGGUUGAACACUGUGUGCGGACUAAGGUAUAUAACGUUUGAAUGCUUUAAUCCAGAAGGCAAAGAAACCAUCUUUUUCUAGAGAAACUUUGCCCUCAGCUUUGUGCUGCCCACUGCUGCACCAAGAGCUUCCUUGGCGACGAGAAGAGUGGCUCGUGCACGAACAAAAACGUUUUUGACACACAGAAGUCUCGAUCAUACGUUGGAGGUAAGCGUGUUGUAAUGCUCUCUACUUGUUUCCCCGCCUACACAUGAAAUCUAUAAUUUGACUCUUCAGGCAACGCGAACGUCGACCUCAAAUUCCUGGGAGGCACGGUGAAGGCCGCUACUGGCUACGACACCCUCAGGCUUGGACCUCAUUAUCGGCCAGGCCUCACCGCCAACAACAUUCAAUUCGGACGUGUGAAGGACUUCAACCAAGACUACGAACUUGUCAACUACGAUGGAGUUUUCGGGCUUGGUUUCGGUGAAGUUAACGGAAUCUCCUCUCCCAUCAAACAACUGGCUUCCCAUGGAGUCAUUCCUUCGGCUCUCCUCACCGCCUACAUUUACAACGAAGGCCAUCAAAACACUGUUGAUGGUGUUCUGACUAUUGGCCAGGUUGACAGAAGACGCUGCGAAAAUGCUAAGGUCUUUGCCGAGACCGUCCGUACCGCCGAUGCAUGGGUGUUCAGCUCUCCGUCCUUCAACCUCACCACCACUUAUGGGACAACCAACGGAAGUUGGAUGGGAGUUCUCGACUUCAGCACGGAUUAUAUCCAAGUUCCUCAGACUGCUCUCAAACUCAUUCAAAAUUACCUGAGUGGCUCCAUUGACGAGGACGGUCGUAUCAUCUUUCAGUGCGUUAGGUCUUUCCCUCUGUACUUCAACAUUGGCGGCCAACCGUUGAUAUUGAACACUAAGCUGUUCUCCGAACGUUAUGCUGGAACAUUGUGUCGGCUCAAAAUCCGAGCAACAGCUCCCUCAGACAAGUACGCCUUUCGGUAUGGUUGGCCAAUCUUGCAAAACUAUUGUGUCGUUCUUGAUUUUAACGGCCGGCUUGCAUUUACUCUUAAGCGUGUCAAAUUUACCGAAUAAACCGAGCGUAAAUCGCACAGCGUUAACCGCAGAAGAUACACAACUUGGGUUGACUGUGAUUUUGGAGAAGGCGAAUUGGCCUCAUCAGCCAACAAGUCCUCGGAUAGUAAUCCGAAUCCCAAUCAGCAGAGUUGGAGAGAUCAGUCGAGCGAUCGGGCUCGCUGUCGACAGCAAGGUCACCAACAGAGUCAUUCCGUUGUUCUGCAAAAAUGAUGCAAAUCAGAACAAAAUUUUCUUUGUUGUUGAGCCAAAUCGGAGGAAAUGA